AUGACUGUUCUUUUGACUGCGGUCAGUACACGAGAGCUUCGUCAGCUUCAAUGCGUUAUGGCAGUUGAGCUGGGCUACCAGAAUUAUAGGAGGAGAUCAAAGCAUAGUCACAGGCAUAGAAGAGGGAAGAACUCAAAGAAAUAUCAACGACGAGUGAAGCGGUACUCGUCCCGGAGCCCUUACAAAAACGAUACACAGCCUGUUACAGAAGAACAGUUCUACCAAGCUGUGACAAUGAUCAUGUCUAUGGCGAAUCCCGCGAAAUUUCAUGAGGAUCGCUCCUUGUCACUACAGAGGGAUCUUUUGGCAACGCCGCCAAGAACCUAUGAAGCCGGAGCAAUCAAUGGUACAGGGUACGAUACAUUCCGGGCUUUGUCUGUUUCGUCAGAUAAACACCGUGUACAUCAUCGGCCGAGGAGUUGA